CAUAAUACACCAAUCGCAGCCAACUUCAAAUUUCUUUCUUUUUUGACGUGCACUUUGUAAAAAGCGCUUCAAGAUGACUAUUCGACCAGCAUACAGGCCUAAAAUUGUAAAGAAGCGCACAAAGCACUUCAUUCGUCAUCAGUCGGACCGAUAUGCCAAGCUUUCAGCAAAAUGGCGUAAACCAAAAGGUAUCGACAACAGAGUCCGUCGUCGUUUCAAGGGACAAUACUUGAUGCCAAGCAUUGGUUACGGUUCAAACCAACGUACCCGCCAUAUGCUCCCAACUGGCUUCAAGAAAUUCCUCGUCCACAACGUCAAGGAAUUGGAAGUCUUAAUGAUGCAAAAUCGUGUGUACUGUGGAGAGAUCGCUCAUGGUGUGUCUUCAAAGAAACGCAAGGAAAUUGUCGAGCGCGCAAAGCAAUUGGCAAUCCGUUUGACGAAUCCCAAUGGUCGUCUGCGUUCACAAGAGAACGAAUAAGCUAAUUUUUAAGAUACACUAUCCUGUUUUUUUAUUUUUUCGAAAAUAGUAAAUGUACAGACACAUAAUUUUGCUACCAUCGUUCAACAAUACAAGAUGAUGAAACAAA